AUGGCCCACGAAAUGGCUAUUCAUGAAAUCGCUAUGCGUGGACUCAGCCAGGCUACUGUCGCUUCAAACAUACUGGUGAUUGCCAGAGACAGUGCCUCGAUCAGUGCUGCGACUGCCGGUCUCAAUGGCUACGGAAUUCCUUUUACUACUCUUAUUGUCCCUGAAAGCGGUGCUACCCUUCCUGAGCUCAAUGGGACCGCGGGAGGCCACUUUGGAGGUAUUGUUGUCGCUUCUGGUAUCUCCUAUGAAUACGAUACAGGCUGGGCAAGUGGUCUGACCACAGAUCAAUGGAAUCAACUUUACGCUUAUCAGGUCGAUUUUGGAGUCCGCAUGGUCCAAUAUGAUGUGUAUCCUGGUUCCGACUAUGGCACAACUGUAGUGGGCGAUGGAUGCUGCGAUUCGGGUGUUGAACAGCUCAUGCAGUUCACGGACAUCAGUGAUUUCCCUACCGCCGGACUGAGAGUUGGUGCCACCGUGAGCACCGAGGGCCUUUAUCACUAUUCGGCCUUGAUCACAAACACCACAAGUACGAAACAGAUUGCAUCAUUCGCCAACACCGACGGCACUUCAUCAGUGGCAGCAGUGAUCAACGAUUUCGAUGGCCGCCAGCAAAUGGUGUUUCAUAUAUCCUUGGAUCCUACUUGGAGUGCCACUUCAGCAUACAUCCAGCAUGCCUGGAUUACCUGGAUAACUCGCGGUCUUCAUGCAGGAUGGCGCCGAGUGUAUCUGAAUACGCAAAUUGACGAUAUGAUGCUUAUUACCAACGUCUACGAGCCGUCUGGCACAACUUUCCGCAUCACUACUGCCGAUAUGGACGGUAUUCUGAACUGGAUCCCGACUAUAAAUGCUAAGAUGAAUGCUGGUAGCUCCUACUGGCCGGAAGUUGGCUUCAAUGGCAAUGGUAAUAUUGACAGCUCUUCCCAAUUCAACGACGGCUGGGGUUACUGUAAUGGGGGAGGCGUCUACCCUGCGAGUGCUCCCAACACCGCUGCUGAGUUCAAGAAACCACUCGGAACCGGCGCCAAUAGAUGGCCAACCACUCCAACAAACUACACUUGGACCACAGAUUGCACCAGCCGAGAUACCCUCCUGACAUGGUGGCAGAGUAACAUGAACAGCUUCGGUUUGCUUUCCCACACGUUUACUCACGAAUCCCAAAACAAUGCCACAUACUCAGAUAUCUAUAAGGAAAUCUCCUUCAACAAGGCUUGGCUUGAGCAAGUCGGAUUCUCUUCAGCCACUCAUUACACUGGUAAUGGUAUUAUUCCGCCAGCAAUUACUGGUAUCCACAACGGUGACGCCCUUCAGGCUUGGUGGGAUAAUGGCAUCACAAACUGCGUUGGUGAUAACACCCGUUCUGCCCUUCUUAACACCGAAAAUGCCAUGUGGCCCUACUUUACGACAGUCUCGACUGAUGGCUUCGCUGGUAUGCAAGUGAACCCUCGCUGGGCCACUCGUAUCUACUAUGAUUGUUGCACUACUGCCUGUACCUUGGCCGAGUGGGUCAACACUUCCGAUGGUAGUGGCGAUUUUGAUUAUCUCUUGUCCGUUGAGAAGUCUGACACCAUCCGUCAUAUGUUCGGCCUAUAUCACGACCCAUACAUGUUCCACCAGGCAAAUCUGCGCAACAACGACACUGAUCCUAUCACCAUCAAUGGAGUCACUGGUCAAUAUUCCAUAUUCCAGGCCUGGGUUGAAACCGUUGUUCCGGAAUUUGUUCGUCUGGCGACCUGGCCCAUCGUAACAAUCAAGCACGCUGAUAUGUCUGCUGGAUUUAAAGCUCGCUACACUCGCGACGCUUGUGGGUACGCCCUUAGCUACACCACGGUGAACCAAGAGAUAACCACCGUGACUGUCUCUGCUACUGGCAAUACCUGCAGCGAGCCAAUUCCUGUGACCUUCCCCGUUGCCCCGACGAGUACCCAGGGAUUCACCACCGAACAGCUGGGCAGCGACCCUCUGACUGUUUGGGUCCAACUCUCAGGAUCUCCCGUUUCUUUCACAUUGUCCACUCCAAUUUCCUUGUAA